CAUCGACGACAUGGCCAGUAUUGGCCCCGGUCAGAAUGUACUGAAAUUACUGCUGCUUGGGAUUGUAUUCCAUGUCGUAUUCAUAGCAUCAGUAUUCGACUGCUACUUCACAAGUCCGGUAGUUCAUGGAAUGAACCACCAUGGAUCACAAAGUCGCGGCGAAGCAAAGCGUCUCGUCCUGAUAGUCGCUGACGGUCUGCGUGCCGAUCUUUUGUUCACUCCGAAUGGAUUCGCAUUCGGCGAGUCUUCACCGACCGUGGUAGCACCCCACUUGCGCUCAAUCGCAGAGAAACGCGGGGCGUUUGGCGUGUCACAUACCAGAGUGCCAACGGAAAGUCGUCCAGGCCACGUUGCUAUCAUCGGUGGAAUGUACGAGGAUGUGUCCGCGGUGACAAAGGGCUGGAAGACCAAUCCAGUGGAUUUCGACUCAGUGUUUAACCAGUCCAGCCAUACAUUCUCGUUUGGCUCCCCUGACAUCCUUCCUAUGUUCUCCAAAGGCGCAAGUCUCGACAAGGUGCUGACUUGGUGUUAUGACGAAGAAGCAGAGGAUUUUACAAAGGAUGCGACUACCCUAGACACUUGGGUACUAGAUCAGCUUCGCAUAUUAUUUCAAAAUGCGUCAACGGAUGCUACGUUGAACUCCCAAUUACGGGGCGACAAAGUCAUAUUCUUUCUCCACCUUGCUUGGGAAUACAUGCAAAACAUUCAGGUCGUCGAGAACCUUGUUUCUCAAUUCUACGAGGACCAAGAGACGAGUUAUGUUUUUACAGCUGAUCACGGAAUGUCUAAGAUAGGGAACCAUGGAGAUGGUGAUCCGGAUAGCACCCGUACACCCUUGAUUGCAUGGGGUAAGGGCAUUCGUGGUCCACUCUCAGACUCGACGCCCACAUCGCACGAUGAAUAUUCUAAACCAUGGAAUCUAGGCCACCUACUGCGACGAGACGUGUCACAAGCAGAUUUAGCACCAUUGAUGGCGACACUCAUCGGGAUAGACUGGCCAUCAAAUUCAGUAGGCGUGUUACCUGAUAUUGACCCGACACGAGCUGGUUACCUCGCGCCCCUCGAAGGGGAGGAAGCACUCGCUCGGUAUUCGUUGGUCAACGUGCAGGUUCUGUUGGAGCAUUAUCUGGUGAAACAUGAAAUGAAAGCUGCGCAUGCCAUUUUCUAUAAGCCCUUCGGUCUUUUGGAGGACGAGGAGCUGGGCGUGCCAGCUCGAAUCCGAAAAGUUGCUGCCAUCGAACGACUAAUUGAGGAGGGAAAGUGGUACGAUGCGCGUAGAUACUCCAUGGAGCUGAGCGAAACUUGUUUGCAAGGUUUGCGUUACUUGGAGACCUACGACCGGCUAUUGAUCCGCGCUAUCGUCGUCGUGGCAUACCUCGGAUGGGCGGCAUACGCCUCAAUCUCAUUGCUACCACCCGCAGCUUCCCUUUCUGCAUCCAGAAGCGGAGUUGUCAACGUCGUUACCAUCGCCACACUAUUAGGUUUUUGGGCCGCAUUUUGGAUACAGAAUUCGCCUUGGACGUUUUAUGUUUAUGUCGCUUUUCCUUGUUACUUCUGGAGGGAAUCUUGCUCUCGCGGCGUACCGGCCCUUUGCAAAUGUGUAUCCGAAUGUUCGCCGACAUACCGAAACCUAUGCGUGCAGUUGAUCUUGGUUAUCUCUGCGCUGCAAAGCAUGGUGGUUGCUUACACCCAUCGUUCCAUAUGGAGUGCCGGUUAUGUAGUAAUUGGUGUUCUGUGGCCGCUGUUCACGUGGCCCUCUUCGUUGCUUUCUCAAAAUUGGAAGCUUGUAGGGUUGUGGUGUGGAAGUUGUAUCGUGACUGGUGUGUUUCCCCUCCUGGCGGUCGACAAGGAGGAAAGUCUACCUUCAAUUUUGGCAGGUGGAGGUGUCAUGCUGCUCAUAGGGGCCAUUCAUUUAUAUUCUUCUGGCCAAAAUGUCGUGGAUAAGUCGGUGAAGAUAUCCCGUGCAAUUCAAAUGGGCCUGGUCGCGGCCAUGAUGCUAGUCACCUCUGGCUCCGUCUGCAGUUUGCAGGCCAGGGCUGGAUUGCCUCGACUCAAUCAGAUCGCUGCCUGGCUGAUUCUUGCAUCAUCCUCCGUGUACCCAUUCAUUUCGAAAGUACGCCAUCCUUCCCAGACAUCCAAGAUCAUAUCCUUUUUCCUUUCAUUUGCUGCCUGCUUCGUUAUUUUAUCGAUAAGCGUCGAAGGACUUUUCUACUCCGCCUAUACCUGCAACUUGCUUCUUUGGAUAGAAAUCGAAGCACUCGUGCGGAACUCUGACAGCUCUAACGGGAACGGGUCUGCGGCUGAUCAACAACUAUCGAUAUCCUACCGAUUCCGAGCGGAUGAUAUCCGUAUUGCGCUGUUUUUCUUGUUCUAUGUUCAAGUGGCAUUCUUUGGGACGGGAAAAUCAUUCUACCUCGAGCCCGUGUAUCGCCUUGUACCUAUCUUUAACCCGUUCUUGAUGGCAGCGCUUCUGAUAUUCAAGAUCGUCUGUCCAUACGUUAUCUUAUCGGUAGCCUUCGCCACUCUCAACGCACGUCUUCACCUCCCUCCAUUCUCCCUAUUUCUGGUUGCCCUCACACUAACAGAUGGGAUGACGAUGACGUUCUUUUUGAAUGUAACAGAUACCGGUUCUUGGUUAGAGAUCGGCCAAUCUAUCAGUUUCUUCUGCAUCACGUCUCUACUACUGGUUUGGUCGGCUGGAAUAUGUGCGGCUGGCGAGUAUCUCAUGGGAAAUACGCUGGUAGAUCGCAAGUCGACCAAGGUGAACUGAAAUACUCUUAACGCAGUAGAUCGUGUACACGUACUAGAAGAAUAUAGACCCUACAUAAACUUUAUGGUAUGAACCUGCACGCGGUCAUGUCGUGCAUAUGUG